UAUAUCUAGCAUAUUCCGAGCCCACCUAGUUCGCACGCACUAGCUGAAAUUUUUGUUCCAAGACGAAAAUAUUUUGCAUACAAAAUUUAUCAAAAUGACCAACGCCUGGAGAGCUGCUGGAAUUACCUACAUCCAAUACUCGAACAUUGCAGCCCGAGUUCUCCGUGAAGCCUUGCGCACGGAGUUGCGUGCAGAUGCAGCCAAACGUAAUGCAAGCCAUGUGAAAUUUACUCCAUGGGCCAACGGCAGGCCAGCUCACGAAAAGGCUUAAGUUCGCCCAAUUUUGGCUCUCGAGACAGCGCGCCAAACCCAGUCGGAAUCCUAAACGUUGGUCCCAGGGACUUAUCAGAAGUACCGAUUUGUGAAUGCCGCGGGGAUUCCAUAAUUCAAUUUUAAUCCUUACAUCAAACUAAAUGUGUUGAAUUAAACUAUUAAAAAAAAACAAUGUUAGUUUCAAUAUAGAACUUUAUUCAACAAACAAA